AUGGAUCAUGAUCACAUGCAUGACAUGCCUCCACCAUCAUCAUCCAUGAUGAACAAUGGAUCCAUGAACGGAGGAGGAGGACAUCACCAGAUGGUGAUGAUGCACAUGACUUUCUUUUGGGGCAAGAACACGGAGGUUCUCUUCUCCGGUUGGCCGGGAACAAGCUCCGGGAUGUAUGCUCUCUGUAUCAUCUUCGUUUUCUUCCUCGCCGUCCUUACCGAAUGGCUUGCUCACUCCUCUCUCCUCCGUGGCACCACCGGGGAUUCGGCUAGUCCCGCCUCCGGACUCGUCCAAACCGCCGUGUACACCCUCCGUACCGGCCUCUCUUAUCUAGUCAUGCUCGCCGUCAUGUCAUUCAACGCCGGCGUGUUUAUCUCCGCCCUCGCCGGUCAUGCCAUCGGUUUCAUGUUAAAACCCAAGAACAAAAGCAUGGAUCAUAGUCACAUGCAUGCCAUGCCUCCACCUUCAUCAUCAUCAUCGUCCAUGAUGAACAAUGGAUCCAUGAACGGAGGAGGAGGAGGAGGAGGACAUCACCACUGGUUGCACAUGACUUUCUUUUGGGGGAAGAACACAGAGGUUCUCUUCCCCGGCUGGCCGGGAACAAGCUCCGGCAUGUAUGAUCUUUGUCUCGUCUUUGUCUACUUCCUCGCCAUCCUCACCGAAUGGCUUUCUCACUCCUCUCUUCUCCGUGUCAACACCGGAGAUUCGGCUAAUCUCGCCGCCGGGCUAAUCCAAACCGCCGUGUACACCAUCCGCAUCGGUCUCGCUUAUCUAGUCAUGCUCGCUGCAAUGUCAUUCAACGCCGGCGUAUUUGUCGCUGUCAUCGCCGGUCAUGCCAUCGGUUUCAUGGUUUUUGGAAGCCGGACUUUCCGAAAUUCCUCCGGUGACUGGAAAACUGACGAUCUUCCUGCCUCAGAUGGUGCUUAUUGA